AGGUGAAGUUUUAUUUAGGAGAACCGGGGUGAAACUCGCAGGCCGGGCGGUGCCCAGUUUCAUGGCCCGAGCGAGCGGCAGGAGCGCCGUGCUCCCCUUGGCGCUGUGGAUGUUACGGAACGUCCCUGCGCACGCUUGCGAGGCGACUCGGUGUCACCAGGGGGAACUGAACUGGAAACAAGCGUUUGUUUCAUUCCCAAGACUGAGAGGGGAUCUCAUUAGUGCGUAUAAUUAUCUCAAAGGCAAGUGCCAAGAGGAUGGUGCCACUCUUUUCAGUGGUGCCCGGCGACAGGAUGAGGAGCAGUGGCCAUAAUCUGAAAAGUUCCACCUCAACCUGAAGAAGAAGUUGUUUACACUGAGGGUGGCAGAGCACUGCAACAGGCUGCCCAGGGAGGUUGUGGAGUCUUCCUCUCUGGAGAGACCACCUGGCUGUGUUCCUGUGUCACCUGCUCUAGGUGACCCUGCCUUGGUAGGGGGUUUGGAUUAGAUGAUCUCCAGAGGUCCCUUUCAGCCAAGGGGCUAGGAGGAGGUAGCUGUGCUGGCAGUGGUAAUCUGCUGAAAAAGUUGGUGUGAGUAAUUUUCGUUUGAAACCAAAGCCAGUUUGGAACAAAACAGGGGAAAAUACUUAAAGGAAACUGGAGUUCUUGUUGUGAUAUGCCCAAUCCUGAAUGCCUGAUACACACAAGUGGAACAAUGUAUUAGAUUUUUAAAGGGACUUAAAAAAAAAAAGGCAGUCUGUUUCAAAGCACCAGUAUUUAUUGUCAAUGUUACUGACUUCUUUCUUGCAGCUGAGCCUCGUGCUUUUAAAUAACUGCUGGUCAUUGAUUAGGGUAAUGGAUUUGAGGUUAAUCUCAAGAGCUGGAUCCACCUGUCGUGGGACCUGAUUACUGGUGGCUUUAGUAAUAUAGAGUCACUACGAAGAGGGUUCUUGUAGCAAAAUUUGUUUGUUGUUUUGUGCUUGGAUUUGGUUUUGGGGUUUGUUUGUUUUUAACUUUUAAAAUCUAUAUCAUCAUACUUUCUGUGCUGUGCAAUACUGCCCAGUCUGAUCAUUGAGAACAGUGCUGUGCCACGGAAACAGUUUUGGUGAUUUCAUCAGUUACUGUAAACAGGAUCUGUGUGAGAAUGACCAUGUUCUUCUGUCUCCCAUUCUUCAUAACUGGAUCUCAAAGUAGCUAUAGUUUGGAAGAAAGCAGUGAAUAUCCUGCUCAGUUAUGAGAAACAUUCACCAACAAAACAGUCUGGAAGAAGAUUUCAUUUAAGAAAAUCAAAGAGCACAGAUCCCUUUAAGGAAACAGAAGCCAUUUAGCAUUUAAUAAGCUUUUGUCUCUCUGAGUCAUAAAAAAAAAUGAAUCGUUACACAAUUAUGAAACAACUGGGUGAUGGCACCUAUGGCAGUGUGUUGAUGGGGAAGAGCAAUGAGUCAGGGGAACUUGUGGCUAUCAAAAGAAUGAAAAGAAAGUUCUAUUCAUGGGAUGAAUGUAUGAAUUUGAGAGAAGUCAAGUCCCUGAAGAAGCUAAACCAUGCCAAUGUAAUAAAAUUGAAGGAAGUCAUACGAGAAAAUGAUCACCUUUACUUUGUAUUUGAAUACAUGAAGGAGAAUCUCUAUCAGCUAAUGAAGGAUAGAAACAAGUUUUUCCCUGAGUCAGUCAUCAGAAACAUGAUGUAUCAGAUAUUGCAAGGGCUGGCUUUCAUCCACAAACACGGAUAUUUUCAUAGGGAUAUGAAGCCUGAAAAUCUUCUCUGUAGUGGUCCAGAACUUGUGAAAAUUGCAGAUUUUGGGUUGGCUAGAGAACUAAGAUCUCAGCCACCUUACACAGAUUAUGUUUCUACCAGGUGGUACCGUGCUCCUGAAGUUUUGCUGAGAUCUUCUAUCUAUAGCUCACCUAUUGAUAUAUGGGCAGUUGGCAGCAUAAUGGCUGAGUUAUACACACUCAGACCACUUUUCCCAGGCACAAGCGAAGUAGAUGAAAUCUUCAAAAUUUGCCAAGUCCUAGGGACUCCAAAGAAGAGUGACUGGACAGAAGGAUACCACCUUGCUUCUGCCAUGAAUUUCCGUUUCCCACAAUGUGUCCCUAUAAGCCUAAAAACUCUCAUCCCAAACGCAAGCAAUGAAGCAAUACAGCUUAUGAGUGAUAUGCUGAACUGGAAUCCAAAGAAGAGACCUACAGCAAGUCAGGCGUUGAAGUACCCUUACUUUCAAGUUGGCCAAAUUUUAGGACCUCCUCCACAGUAUCUGGAGAAGCAGACUCCUGUUAAACCGGUUCAGCCAACAGAGCCAAAGCCAUCUUUACCUAAACUGGAAGCUAAGCCAGAACCUCUGUCUUCACCUGAUUUGCCUGACAAAACACAGCCACAGCCCUUGCCAAAGGUUAACCACCAGCCUCUCCAGCAAAUCCAGUUGCCUCAGAAUACGGCUAACCAGCAAGUACCAAAGCAGCAGCAGCCACAGGCACAACCACUUUUUCCAGUUAUCAAUAAAAACUCAUCGCCUAAACAAGCAGCUAGUGGCCUUCUGAAUGGUGUACUAGGUCCUAAAAACUGCAGAAGACGGUGGGGUCAGACUUUGGUAAAGGCUGUGGAUAGCUGGGAUGACUUGGAUGACCAGGAGUUUGGAAUGUCCUGUUCAAAGAAGCCUAGCAUUGCACUGUUAAAAGAAAAGAAAAACAAGGAAUUUCUUUUUAGUGUGCCAGAACCAAAAGCUUCAUGCUGUAUCCAGCCAGGAGGGGAAAACAAGAUUCUGAUGAGAAAUGAUUCUGAAAGAUCAAAUGCAUCAGCAAAAGAUUACUAUCUAAGCCAAUCAAGAUAUCUGCCUGGCGUAAACCCCAAGAGCGUCUCUUUAGCAGCAGUAAAUAAAGAAGGCUCACACGGAACCUGGAACAACCAGUUGUUUGCUAAAUCACUGGCAAAUGCUGGGGGAGGAUUGACUUACAGCAGAAAUAAUACAGAUGAGAACUUAAUUAUACCUAUUGAAAAGCUAUCAUGCAAAGAAAGGUUGAAUGAAAAAUUAGAAGAUUCAAAAGGAAAUCCUGGCUUUUUAAGUAGUGGUGCUUACAACCCAUCGGGACUAUACACCUCUUCCUUCCAUAAAAAAGAAGUUGGAUCAGCUGGACAACGGAUACAGCUAGCACCUCUUGGUGCACCUGUAUCAGAUUAUUCCUGGAAAAACAAAGCUUCUCGUCCUCCGUUACCAGGUCCUACUUUCAAUGCAACAGCAAAAAACAUGAAUAUCUUAACUCGCCCCCCAACAAUUCAGCGAGUACAUGGAAGAACAGACUGGGUGGCCAAAUAUGGAGGGAACAGAUAGAAAAUGCCAUCCUGUGUGGAUAUUACAUGCUCUGUGUUCAGUUCUUCUGCACAUGGAAACCUGAAAAGCCUAUUUGCUCCAGCUUUUCCUAAAACUAUGCAAUAAUAAAGAAGAAAAAAAACACCUGUAUAGUACAUAUAAGACCAUGUGAAAUACUGGCUGUAAAGUAGGAUGCAAUGAAGUAUUGUACAACACAUAUUGCCAAAACUGAGAUGUAGAUUUCACACAAUGUUUUCUAUAGAUAGAUCUCCUGUUCUCAUACUCUUUGGAACAACUAGGGUUAGGGUUGUUCAUCUAGUGCAACAUCUGCUGCUGGGAUGUGCCUGAAACACACAAGCAGUGCAAAGAAGGGCUGAAGCAGAGCAGCACCAGGCUUCCACGAGUUAGGCUGGUUCCUUAGCAGAAGAUGAGAGUGAAAGCACAGAUCUGAUUUUGUGAAGAACAGCAGUCUCCUGCAAGGAUUUCAGAACUCACUUGUAACUAAAGAGUUACUCAGGGUCUGUAAGGUGCAAAUAUUCAUGUAGCAAUGAGAACUAAAACCCUUGUAGUAGUACAUAGGCAAUCCACUGAUAGAUACUACACAAGGAAGGUCUAGAAAUCUGGCUGAUAGAAGGAUGUUGAAUGAUAUAGCAAUAUUGGAAAAUAGCUAAACAAGUACUGAAUACUAUUUACCGAGCUGUGAAGUGAAGCCUAUCAGAUUCUGCUGUUUUAAUUACCUUAUUGCCAUUUUUGGUCAAAGAUCUGUAGAGAUCUCUGUCCUGUCAAGGGAGUGUCACAGUCUCCUUUUAAAGAGCCUAAAUCACUGUAGUCUGUCAGUCGUUUUAAGGGUGAAUUAGCCAAAAAAUACCUAAGUUAUCACUAAACCCUUGUUCCUACAUGUCCUUAUUGGGUGAUCAGACUAAAAAACAGAGUUUGAAUAGGCUGCAUGAAGAAGAGUAUUGGUCUGUUCUUCAAAGAUAUUGCUUUCUGUUUUAAAUCUGAAAGGCCAACUGAGGUACCUCAAAACAGAGAUAAAACUUAAAUAAUUCAGUAUGUCACUGUUUAUAUGCUCAUUCAUACUUUCCCCAGCUUUUAUGCUAACUUUUAUAAUAAUACUGCCCAAAGGAAUUUGCAAUGUACAGUAAAUUGUUUAUUAGGAUGUUGAGCUGGGUUACUUCUGUUAACAACUGCAUUUAAAAUAAAUGCUUUAGACUUUAUAGUAACAUUAAACUUGCCAUUUUAACAUACAAACUGAGUAUCCUCUUUAAAGAUGUAAAGUUGCUAAUGAUGACUUCAAGCAUUGCAAAAACAAGAAACUUGUGUGGCUUUUAAAUGGAUAUUGAAAUUUAAACUCCUGUUGUUGACCCAGUGUCAAUAUGGGUUAUGUUAUUCUUCCUAGAAAGCAAUUUAAUCUAAAACAGUUGUACCAAAAGGUCAAAUAUUUUGUUAGGAAAAUUGUACCUAAAGAAAACGCCACUUUUUUUAAUACCGUAAGAGCUAUGCGAGGAUAGAGCUGUCUGGUUGGUAAUGCACUAGAGAGUUUAAUUCAAUUGCCACUGGUCUGGGAUUAAGUAUUUGUCAUUCUCUUAGUACUAAGAGAUGUCCCUAUGCUACUUAAAUGCAUCUUAAUUUAACUGCAGAACAUAUGUGUAACUUGCUGUGUCAAUGAAGGACACCCUCAGACAGUUUGCAACAGGCAUAAAACCUAUUAUUUUAUAAUUAAAAACCAGAACAAAUUAAUCACUUGUCUCUAGUACAAGAUGCCAGUGACAGUUAAAAUCACAGCCUGGUCAAGGAAUUAACUAAUUAUGUGCCGAUAGCUCACGUGUCUGUGAGUCACCUUAGAGGAGAAAAAUAAACAGGUACUAUUUAUGGCACUAAAUAUGGUUAGAGGAAACAUGCUGUCCUUGUCGCGUACUAAUGAACCUUGAAAGGGCUUUGACGUAACCAGAUCAGUCUUGUCCACAAGCAAAGCGUGACAGGUGUUGAAUAAUUCUUGUUGCAAACAGCAAGAAAAGGCUAACAGGCUUUGUACAGUCAUUUAACUCUGAUUCAUUGGUACACAUUUGACUGCUAGUGCAGAAAUGCUUAAAAAAAUAUUAUAUGCAAAUAAAAUUUCAAAGGGGCAAAGAGUA